GCUAGCAAAAAAAUCAAGGAUGAAGCUCCUUUUUGCAACUGCCUUUGCACUCUUUGUGCUCUCCACAUUUGACAAAGCUGAUUCUUCAGCUUAUGACAAAAUAGUCGCCCACAGUCGCAUCAGGGCAAGAAAAGAAGGACCCAAUGUGUGUGCACUCCAGCAAGUCAUGGGGACCAAGAAGAAAUACUUCAGCACUUGUCGUAACUGGUACCAGGGGGCCAUCUGUGGAAGGAAAGCGACUGUGCUUUAUGAGUGCUGCCCAGGGUACAUGAAAAUGGAAGGCGUUACCAAAGGUUGCCCUGCAGUGGCCCCGAUUGACCAUGUGUAUGGCACCUUGGGACUAGUGAAAGCAACUUCAACCCAACAAUACUCAGACAUUUCAGAGCUUAGGCCUGAAAUCGAGGGAUCUGGAUCCUUUACCUUCUUUGCACCCAGCAAUGAAGCUUGGGAGGAACUGGAUGAGGCAGUGAGGUCUGCACUGGUCAGCAAUGUGAACAUUGAACUGUACAACGCUUUGCACUAUCACAUGGCCAAUAAACGCCUUUUGACCAAAGAUUUAAAGAAUGGAAUGACUGUCACCUCCAUGUACAAUGACCUUGGUCUCUACAUUCACCAUUACUCCAAUGGGGUGGUUACUGUAAACUGUGCCAGGAUUAUCCAUGGCAAUCAGGUUGCAACCAAUGGAGUUGUGCAUGUCAUUGACCGUGUUAUCAGCGCUGUUGGAAGCACAAUUCAGGAUGUCAUCGAGGUCAAUGAUGACCUGACAACUUUGAGUGAUCUGGCUCAAAAUGCUGGACUGCUGGAGAAGCUUGGUGAGGCAGGACAAUACACUCUCUUUGCUCCCACCAACGAAGCCUUUGACAGCCUGGGACCUGAUGUGUUGGAGAGAAUUCAGAGCAACAGCGAAGCUCUCAAAGCUCUCAUUAAUUUCCACCUCCUGAACUCGGUUCAGUGCUCUGAGGCCAUCAUGGCUGGCAGCUCUUAUGAGACCUUGGAGGGCAACAACAUUGAGAUUGGCUGUGAUGGUGAAAGCCUAACAGUCAACGGCAUUAAGAUGGUGAGCAAGAAGGACAUCGUCACCACCAACGGUGUCAUCCAUCUGAUUGACAAAGUACUCAUGCCAGACUCAGCCAAGCAAGUGAUGGAACUUGUUGGAAGCUCCCAGUCAACCUUUGGUGACAUGGUGUCCGAGCUGGGCCUGUCUGCUGCCAUGAGACCAGAGGCUGAGUACACUCUGUUGGCUCCUGUCAAUGCUGUUUUCACUGAUGAAGUGAUGUCCAUGGAUCAGAGGCAACUCAAGAUAAUCCUGGAGAACCACGUCUUGAAGAAUAAGCUUGUCCUAGGACAGCUGUACAAUGGCCAGCGGCUGGAGACCAUUGGAGGAAAAACUCUGAGAGUUUUCAUUUAUCGCACGGCUGUGUGCAUUGAGAAUUCCUGUCUGGUCAGAGGUAGUAAAGAAGGAAGCAAUGGGGCCCUCCAUGUCAUGAAGACUCUGUUGAAACCAGCGGAAAAAAAUAUGCUUGAGAUUCUGACCGAAAACGGAGGGUUCAAGAUCUUUUUGUCUCUGAUGGAAGCUGCUGGUUUGACUGACCUGCUGAGACAGGAGGGAGACUACACUAUGUUUGCCCCGAGCGAUAAGGCUUUUGCUAGUUUGAGCUCAAGUGAUAUGGAUUUGUUGAAGAGUGACAUCAAUGCCCUCAGAACAAUCCUCCUGUAUCACAUCAGCAAUGGAGUCUUCAUUGGUGGGGGUCUGGAGACUGGUGUUACAAACCUUCUCAAGUCUUUCCAGGGCAGCAACCUCAAACUGGUUUUUGCAAACAACGCUGUGCAAGUCAAUUCUGUUGAAGUCCCUGAAUCUGAUAUCAUGGCCUCCAAUGGAGUCGUUCACUUUGUCAACCAAGUCUUGUAUCCUGGAGAUAUUCCUGUCGGAAGCCAGGAUUUGCUUGCAAUGUUUAGGAGGCUCAUCUCUUACAUGCAGAUCAAGUACAUUUCAGGAUUCAGAUACCAGGAGAUCCCACUUACGUUUUUGAAGAGGAUCGUCACUGUCGUCCAGGAAGUCCCUGAGACCAAAGUGACUAGGGUAAUCCAAACAGAACCCAAAGUCACCAAGGUUACCAGGGUGAUUGAAAACCCAUCCACCAUCACAAAGGUCACCAGGGUGAUUGAAAAUCAACCUGUUGUCACCAAAGUCACCAGAGUUGUCCAAGGUCCUCAGUACUCAGUAAGCACUGGCACCACCAAUGUUGCCCUGGAAGGCACUGACCUUUCAGGUUUUACCACUAUUGAAGGGGAUGGUAGCAUUGACACCGAAAGACUUACCAAAAUCAUCCAAGGUAAUUCAAGAAGAGUUCCUCCCAGAAGAGUUUUAGCUGGCAACAGGAGGAGAGACAGGAACUGAGGACACAUGGUUGAAACAAUCAGCGUAACGGCAGAGAGAGACACCAGAUCCGGGGGUUAAAAGUGAUGUUGUUAUUCAAGGGGACACACCUAAACUGUCAGUGAUUUUCAAAGAUACUGUAACAGGUAUAACUGACCAAAAUAAAACAGUUCUUUUUAAAGUGGUGCUUUGAAUGUAUAUGUUUUGUAAGUGUGCAAUGUCUAAAACAGAAUUUAAGUCAGCAUAUGUAAAAAGUGUUUUACUGAGUAUUUUGGCAUGACUUUUACAGACACGGAACAAGUCAGGGUUGUAACAAAGUCUUUCAAAUCCAAGCCAUUAGAGUGGCAAUAAAAAACAUUUUUUUACUUCUUUAUGUCUUCGCUAGAGGUAAAGGUUAGAGCAGUGAGAUUUUAUUUGCUGCUUCUGUUGAUUUAUAAAUCUCAGCAUGAUACAUAUUGAAAAAAUAAAUGUUUUUAACUUUGAUAAAGUCUUAUUUUUCUGGCUGUAAUUUCCUUAAUGUUUCAUGUAAAUUUCUUCUAAGCUCAUAUCAUUUGAAACGUUGUAUGCAACUGCAGGUUUUUUCCUUUCUAUUUUUCAACAAUAAAGUGCAUUCUUUGGUAUAAAAAUGCCAGUUUUCUCUGAAAAGAUUGU